GCCGCGCGCUCGCAGAGGCGGCGGGAGCGGCCGCGCUCCGGCAGGUUCGGGCGCGCAGCGCAGCCCCGCGGGCAGCCCCGCCGCGCUCGGCGGAACGGGCGCUCCCCAUGGAGGCUUUUCCCGGCGGCAAGCUGGAGCAGCACCGGCACCUCCCGCCCGUGGAGUGCCUGCCGGGUGCCCGCUACGGCGGCCGGAGCCACAGCGCCUGCGGGAACGUCUUCAACUCCUGGAACGACUACCUGGGGCUGGCCACGCUCAUCACCAAGGCCGUGCGCCCCGGAAAGGGCUUCGGCUCCGAGCCCCCCUCGGUGGUGGUGGCGGCAGCCGUGCCGCCGGCCGAGGAGGAGGAGGAGGAGGAAGAAGAGGAGGAGGAGGCGGCGGGGCCGUACUUUGAGGGCGCGCUGGACUUGCACGACCUGGACCUGUGCGGGCAUCACCACCACCACCACCACGGCGAGGGGCUGCUGGAGGAGCGCUUCGCCGACUUCAGCCCGUUCCCCGGGCGCGGCGGCCCCGCCGCUGUGGUGUUGGACUGCUCGGGGGAGCACCCGGGCCGGGAGGGCUCGGCCCACGCGUGGGGCGGGCUGGUGGUGGCAGGGCGGCUGCCGACCCACCCGCGGGCCUCGUCCCGGCUGCUCAAACCCGAGCUGCAGGUCUGCGUCUUCUGCCGGAACAACAAGGAGGCUGUGGCCCUCUACACCACCCACAUCCUCAAGGGACCCGACGGCCGCGUCCUCUGCCCGGUGCUGCGGCGCUACACCUGCCCCCUCUGCGGUGCCAGCGGCGACAAUGCCCACACCAUCAAGUACUGUCCCCUCUCCAAAAUGCAGGCGGCCAGACAGCUCAAACACGCCCGGACCGCCCUGGGGAAGAAGGGCCGUUAAGCGCCAGGGGCGGCCCCGGCCCCCUCCCGUCUGGUUCCUUUGGGGUUUUUGUCUUUUAGAGCGGAUGGCGGUUUUGUUCUUUCCCACAUUAAUAUAUUAAAGGCGGAGACUGGCGAGCGGGAGCGCCGGGCCGGUGUUGGUGCCGCCGAUGGUGCGCGGAGCCCGGCGCCGAGCCGCGGGAAUUGCGCAGCUUAGAUGCACUGUAUUUGUUUAUUGUAAGAAAUAUAUAUAUAUAUAUAUAUGUGAUUUUUACGGAAA